AGUUAAUUUUCGUCAAUAUAUUUCCAGUUAAAUGAAAAAUGGCGACCGCUCAAUUUCGUCUUUCACUUGAGUUUUCAGAACGAAAAAUUAUUUGACUCGAAAAUACGAUACAGGCGUUUUAAAGAAGAAACUUGAAACUUUUCACGUAUUUGUUAACGAAUGUCGGAUGCACUUUUUGAAUCAGUGCAGCCAGUUCAACUAAAUAGAGCGGACCAAAAGUGCAUCCAUCAGGUGGGAGAUCAGAACGUUCCCCUACUUCGCAGUGAUGUAACCUCUCAAUGAUACUUUGUUUAUCAACAAUAAUUUCCAACAAAAAUUAAACGAGUUGUGUGAAAGUUAAAUGUUUUAAAUAUUAUUGGGAUUAAAACAAUGGAUGAAUAUCCGUCCAUAAACGUUCGUCUGGCGACAAAUAGAGUGGAUUUUAAUUUAAUAACUAACGAAGGCAUCGAGACGCGGCUAUACACGCCCGGUGAAGAGAUAUCCAAUCAGCCGGAUUUUCUGAGAGGUCACGGAACCUACGUAGAUGAAGAUAACACGUUGCGUGCCGCGGUAGGUGGAGUGCUGGAGAAAGUGAACAAGCUCAUAUCAGUCAGACCCCUAAAAGCACGUUAUCAAGGCGAGAUCGGUGAUGUCGUGGUGGGACGAAUAACGGAGGUACAACAAAAACGUUGGAAGGUUGACACGAAUUCCAAGCUUGACUCGGUACUACUAUUAUCCAGUGUUAAUCUUCCAGGCGGUGAAUUGAGAAGAAGAUCAGCUGAGGAUGAGCAGACGAUGCGUAGGUAUUUGCAAGAAGGAGACCUGGUUUGUGCGGAAGUACAGUCGAUCUUCGCCGAUAGCUCGCUCUCGCUGCAUACUCGUGUACUGAAGUACGGCAAAUUAUCGCAAGGUAUAAUGCUGAAGGUGCCACCGGUGCUGAUACAGCGCAAGAAAACGCACUUCCACAAUCUGGAGAACGGUGCCAAUUUGAUACUCGGGAACAACGGUUACGUGUGGAUCGGCGCAAACACUCAGAACGUCGACAGGUCGGAGGGUGGAUUUACGGAGGACCUUUCGCGCAUUCCGCAGGAAAAUCGCGAGGUGUGCGCGCGAUUGCGCAACUGCGUGCUGAUUCUGGCACAAUGCAACAUGCUGCUGUCCGAUACGUCGGUGACGUACGCAUACGAGGAGUCGAUGAAGUACACGCUCUUAGAAACGCGUCGUAGUCGACAGAGCAACAGAGACAUGGACGCAUGUUUUAACGCCUUCGACAAGGACGGCGACGGAUUUCUGUCAAUCUCGGAAUUUGAACUUAUUUGCCGCUCGCUAUUUCGCAACGACCGCGGUAAGAUCUACGGCCUCGAGGAGGAACAGUUGCGGGAGGUGUAUUCGAUUUUCGAUCUCAAGGGCGAUGGCAUGAUCGAUAGGGAAGAAUUUGAGGUAUGUUGGAACCGAUGGAUUAAAACAUGCACCCGGCCGAAAAGCGUCUUCUUAAUAGUGGACGUGCAAAACGACUUUAUAACGGGUUCUCUGAACAUCAAGCACUGCGCUGCGCAACACGACGGCUCGGAAGUGAUCGAGCCGAUCAAUCGGCUGCUAGAAACCGUGCCGUUCGACGUUGUAUUUUAUUCUCUGGACUGGCAUCCCGUGGAUCACGUGUCUUUCAUCGACAACUUACAUCUCAGAGAAGUGGAUGCCAGCAGCGGUAUCGCGAAGGAAGCGGCGCGGGUGUACGACACGGUGACGUUCCAUGGGCCGCCGUUGCUGAAGCAACGCCUGUGGCCGCGCCACUGCGUGCAGGACUCGUGGGGCGCUGAGCUGCACAAGGACCUGAAGAUCGUCGAGGACGCGAUCAAGAUCUACAAGGGCACGAAUCCGGAGGUGGAUUCGUACUCGGUCUUCUGGGACAACAAGAAGCUGACGGAGACGACGUUGUCGUCGCAGCUGCAGCAGAAGGGCGCGACCGACAUCUACAUCUGCGGCUUGGCGUACGACGUGUGCGUGGGAGCGACCGCGGUGGACGCCCUCACCAGCGGCUAUCGCACGAUACUGAUCGACGAUUGCAGCCGCGGCGUCGACCUCGUCGACAUCGAGAAGACCAAGGCCACUGUGAUAGCCAGUAACGGUGUAAUAGUGAACUCCAGCCAGGUGAAGGCAAUGGUGGAAGGGAGGGAUCGCCGACCGGAGCUGGGUUACAAGCUCGCGUUAGAGAUCAAGCAUAAAUUGAGCCUCGAUGAGGAAUAAUGUAGCAGUAGGUUUCUGGUAGUCUAUAUUUAGGUGCUUUGUAUUAGACGAAUGUAUUAGCGUAAAAGAAUUUCGCUUUACAGAACCUGUUAUAGGCAUAAAAUAGCAAAUUUCCCGGGCAACAGAAUGUCUAAAAUCAAGAUACGUCUUCAAUACGUAACGUCUCGAUUUUAGAUUCUCUGUUACCUGGGUCUUGUCAAUUGAUAUGGAAAUGUAAAGAAAAAAAAGUUAAGAAAACUAAUAGAUGUAGUAUAAAUAUGUAAAAAUAAAUAAGAAUGAAUGUAUCCUCUUUGAACAAGGGUUCGAAAUAAGCCUAAGAAUGACUGUUAAAGUAGGGAUUAAUUUGUUAAGGCUCCUGGAUGCUCACUUUGGCUGUCCUUCUUUAACGACGUCAGAAGCGAGGAAAAUCAUGCCAAUUUAUGUGACGAUAAUAUAUGUGGAAAUAAAAGAAUAUACGCACAAAACAACACUUGUGACCGAUUCAUUUGUAA